AUGGGGUGGAGCAACGUGAUUGAGGGAGAGCAAAGCGGGAGAAAACAACACAACAGUGCAUUUGUUGCGGACACGGACUUUGGCAGCCAUUCAAUGACCCACCAGACACUCAUCUCUUCCGCCCCUGCUGCCGCUGCCUUUUCCUCUGCUCCUCACCUCCUCCACGCCUCCCUCCCUACCCUUUCCCCCUCCUACUCCUCUGCAGCCGCCUCCGCCAUGUCGUCGUCGUUCGCGCACCACCACGGCUCCCUGCAGGCGGAGAGGAUGUCCGCGCUGAGGAGUAGCCUCAGGCCGUGCGAGGCAGCCGAGGAGGUGGCGGCCGCCGUGGUCGCUGGGCCGGCGCCGUGGGGAGCCGGGCUGCUGGGUGACGGCUUCUCGGUGGAGGAGCUCCUAGACCUUGAGGAGCUCUGCGAGGUGGACAAGGAAGGCGGCUUCCUCUGCGAGACGGCGCCGGCCGCCGAGGAGGACGAAAAGUGCAGUGACUCCCACGGGUCGUCGGCGGUCUCCUACGAGCUCAUGCCGCUUAUUCCGCCGGAGAUGGACCUGCCGGCCCACGACGCGGAGGAACUGGAGUGGGUGUCGCGUAUCAUGGACGACUCGCAAGCAGAGCUCCCGCCGCCGCCGCAGCUCCCAGCGCCAGCGGCGUGGCCACCGCAGCACCGCCAGCCGCAGGAAAGCACCGUGCCGGCCGUGGACCCUAUGCGGACCCCGACCAUAUGCGCGCUUUCCACGGAAGCGCUGGUGCCGGUGAGGUCCAAGAAGCGCAGCAAGCGCUCGCGCGGCACCACCGUAUGGUCGCUCUCCGGCGCGUCCAUAUCCGACUCGGCGUCGUCGUCCGCCACCAGCUCCUCCUGCUCCUCGUCGGCCUCCCUGUCGUCCUUCUUCCUGAUGGACUCCCCCACCUUCAACCUCCUGGACGAACCGCCACGCACCAAGAGCAAGAGCAAGAAGUCGAAGCACAAGGCCAAGAAGCGCGGGCGCAAGCCAAAGAGCCACCUCCCGCCGCAGCUGUCGGGCGGCGCCGCCUCCCCGCCCGGGCAGGGCGACCGGCGCUGCAGCCACUGCGGCGUGCAGAAGACGCCCCAGUGGCGCGCGGGGCCAGAGGGCGCCAAGACGCUGUGCAACGCCUGCGGCGUCCGCUUCAAGUCGGGGCGGCUCCUCCCGGAGUACCGGCCGGCGUGCAGCCCCACGUUCGUGGGCAACCUGCACUCCAACUCCCACCGCAAGGUGCUGGAGAUGCGCCGCAAGAAGGACCCCGUCCCCGUCGUCAUCGAGGCCGCAGCCGCGCCGGCCGUGGCCUCGUUCUAG